AUGCCACCUAAACGAAGUACCCGUUCGACCAGAUCCAUCAAGACUGCAUCAACAUCAGUGGAACCUACCACUCCCAAUUCAGCUUCAUCCCUCAGUCAACGAAUAACCAGAUCGACGGCUCACACCCAGGAGGUAUCACCUGGACCAUCUACUCCGAUAUCUAGUAAUUCGGGAUCACCUGAUACCGACGAGGUAGAGAGCGAAAUGUUACAUCGUGAAUCCCAUACGUUGAGAGGAAGGAACUUGGAAGAUCUAAAUGAGCUAGAAGAGAAGGGGUUGUUGAUGAGGAGGGAGAUGUCGGCUGAAUCGAUUGAGGAUCAUGUGAAUUCACCUAGAAGAAGAAACCCUCCAAAAGGCAAAGAGAAAGAAAAGGAUAAAGAUAGGUAUGAGAGAGUAGAAUUAUUGGAUCGGGAUAGAUACCAGGAAGAAGAAGAGGGAGAGGGAUUGACUAGUCCCAGGGAUAAGAAGGCUUUUGCGUUGUUGGUUUUACUUUAUGUUGAGAGAGUUGGUUCGACGACUGUAUUGAUAACCUGUCCAAUCAGACUCCAAGGUAUACCACUCGGUCUCACAUUCGGUACCCUCCCUUUCCUCCUCAAAUCUCACUUAUCAUACUCUCAACUAGCCAUCUUCGCCCUUUCUACCUGGCCAUAUUCCCUGAAAUUACUCUGGUCCCCUAUAGUCGAUGCGUGGUUCGUGAAGAGUUGGGGAAGGAGGAAAAGCUGGAUCGUACCUGUACAGGGGAUUGUAGGGCUCGGUAUGUGGUGGAUCGGUGGAAGGGUUGAAGGGUGGUUGAACGCUGAGACGAUAGAUAUACGGUUCAUAACGGGUGUAUUUGGCAGUUUGAUCUUGGCUGCUGCUACUCAAGAUAUCGCUGUAGAUGGCUGGGCACUUACUCUCCUCUCUCAAUCGAACCUAUCUUAUGCCUCCACCGCUCAGACAAUAGGUAUAGGAAUUGGAAAUGCUCUGAGUUUCACCGUAUUCUUAGCUUUCAAUAGUGUAGAUUUCAGCAACAAAUACUUCCGAUCUACUCCUCUCGAUCAUCCCUUAGUAUCUCUCGGAGGGUAUCUACGCUUUUGGGCGGUAGUCUUCGUCCUAGUCACUGUGUUACUGGCAAUUUACAAGACUGAAGAUCCACCUGCGGAAGAUGAUCCAGAUAUGGAUGUCAAGAAGGUAUAUAAGGUCAUGUGGAGUAUUGUCAGACUAAAGAACAUCCAAUCUUUCCUUCUCGUCCAUCUGGUCUGUAAAAUAGGAUUUAUGGUCAACGAUUCAGUGACAGGCCUUAAACUGCUCGAAAAAGGUCUAUCGAAAGAAGAUCUAGCUAUAGCUGUAUUGUUGGAUUUCCCAGCUCAGAUGGCAGUAGGUUGGUUAGCCGCCAAAUGGUCUAGACCCACUCCGGCAUCGGCUUCCACGUCGAAACACCCCUUGACUGGUAAAGAAGAUGGUUCAGGAGGAGUAUUGAGAACUUGGUUAUAUGCUUUUUGGGCCAGACUAGCUAUGGCUGCGAUCUCCACUUUGGUAGUUAAAGGAUUUCCAAAUGAGAAAAUCGGAAAUGGUUAUUUCGGGUUGGUCAUUGCAACCACACUAUUAUCUUCUUUAACUAGUACUGUUCAAUUCGUGGGGAUAUGCGCUUUUCAUACGCAGAUUGCUGAUCCCUUAAUUGGUGGGACAUACAUGACGUUGUUGAACACCGUAUCGAAUCUGGGAGGGACAUGGCCUAAACCAUUAAUCUUACGAUCAGUCGAUCUCUUGACUAUCGCCACAUGUUCAGUACCCAUCAGCACCACGCUUGAGAAAUCAUCGUUGGCUUCGACUUCGAGUAAUGAAUGUAUUUCCGAGGCUGGUAAACAUGCGUGUUCAGCCGCUGGAGGUGAAUGUGUGGUAGUCAGAGAUGGAUAUUAUAUAAUGAGUAUGGUAUGUGUCACGUUGGGUGCGAUGAUCUUGAUUGGAUUUGUUUUGCCUACUGUGAAGAGGUUAUCAGCAUUACCGAUGUCUGCUUGGAGGGUCAAGAUACCUAAUUAG